AUGGCGCACCAUCAAACCUGCCGUGCACUGCUUAUCCUGUUUACCUUCCAGCUCUACACCGCCUCGCUCAACGCCAACCCUCAAACGUUCGGGCCGCUGAUACGCAAUCGCGCCAUCCGCGACCGUAAGCAAUCGUCCGAGGAAGAUUUAAACGCCAACAUCGAGCGCAUCUAUCGGAAGGACUUCAAAACGACCACCCCGUACAAAGAUCUGACCACGGAUGAGGUGGAACCCUCCCCAACGGAGCUCGUCGCACGUUCGCACGUCUCCACGCGUACUAAGACACCGAUUGAAAACAACGAACAGAACGCGAUGAUGUACGUGUACCGCGAUGCCGAUGGGAAGCUGGUGCUAAAGUUACCUGAUCCACAAUCGGCACCUACCACACCCCACACUACCAGCUAUUCCGAGCCGCCAUCGUCCAACGAAAAUGAUAACAUGCUAGUGCUCAAAUACGCAACACCGAGCAACACAACGAUCCCGGAAGAUGGUGAUCCAGUCUUCGCGGACGGGUCCUACCCGGCUGGUUAUCCUUUUAAGAUGAUUCAAAAUAUCAUCGCUCAACAUAGGGGCAACUACGAGCAUUGGUUUGACAACAAAAUCAAGCGAGAAUCGCUAACGACGCGAGCGAACAGUGAGGCGGAUAAGUUUCUGUGUAGCUCUGACGCUCACACCGAAUACCCAACGUACAGCGUGAAAGAUAAGCGUUACAUCAUUAACCUGAAUGGCUUCUUCCAGCCAGUGGUGUAUGAGACUUGCACAAACACCGGCUCCAAUUGCAGCAAAAGUAGCACCUCUAGUCAGUAUGAGCUGAUCUGCAUGCAGACGUACAGAGACUACAAGAUGUUUGUCGCCCCCCUGGAUGUGAACAGUUCCAAGUUUGAUUUUAUCGACAUCAGGUAUCCCGCCUGCUGCAAGUGUGCCCAGGUCAAAAAACAAACAACCACCCCACCAUCAUCGUCAACGGGGUAG